AUUACCCAGAAAAAAAAUGUCAAAUUCUGAGCCAAUUUCCGCAUUUAAAAUCAUACAAUGGUCUAAUGGUGCAGCAGGCGUUCGACAGGUUGAUGAAUGCUCCAGAUUCGGAGGCAAGCCUUAAGCGAGUGUUAGCUCAAUCAUUGUUACUUCGCCGUGGAGCUUUUCCGAACAUAGCUGACGUGUACAUUCGAGGAACUCUAAUCUUGAUGAAAGAAAUGGCCGUACGAGGAGUAAAAAGACCACACACACCAGGAAACUUAACACCAGAUGAGUUGUUUGCUGCGCCGCUAAUAAGAUGGAUAAAUCCUGCAGAUGCCAUAGACCAUUUUAGCUCUGACCACAACAUUCAUCUAGUGUGCAUCGGAACACCUGCACAAAAUGGCAAUUAUUUUGUCGUGUUAGGUGGAGAUGCUCAAAUCUCAAUCGGCUCGAGUGCGCUCCAGGCUCUUGAUGUCCUGUUUAAAUGUUUCGUAGUGUUCAACUUACGCAUCCCACCGCUAUUAGGACCAAUAUCUGAUUUGUUUCGCAUGAAAGUACAGAAAGUUCUAUUAUGUAGCUCGCGCAGGUCGGUAAACGAUCUGGUAACAGCACUUGAUAACACAGAUGCAGCUGAGAUGAACGGUUAACAUCAUGCUGGGCUUCCAAUUUUACUACCCCGUAUCAAAAGUGCCUGUUCCUUUGCAUUUACGGUCGAUAGACCAUUGCUCUUAUUUCUCUUUUUGUAGUAAAACUCUUGAUUCCCUGAAAACAUCCACACAAAGGCUGUAUUUAUGAAUUCAUAAACAAAAUUAUCGCAGUCAGUAAAUUAAGGUAAACGGCCUUGAAAAAAGCUGUUAUAAUAAAUAAAA